AACGAGACACGAGUCGCCAGUAACACAGGAAGAGAGGGAGUGUUCAGUAACGUUAGGUCUACAGCAGGGAAGCAACCGUUACCAGUUAGCAAACAGCUAGCAUAGCUCGUUAGCGCUGUCGUCCGGAGCUCAGCGUUUACAAUUUGAAAUCAGGCGUGCAUGCCUCAUGGGGCACUGAUGUGAAGACCAGUACAAGAAGGUGCACGUGUUAUCAGAAUGGAUGGACAGACUCAAAGGAUUCAACUUGUGUCAGCCGACAGCAACAUGCCAUUAGGACACAGAAUCCAGAUUGUAACUGAUCCGCAGACUGGCCAAAAGAUCCAGAUUGUCACAGCACUCGAACCAUCUUCCCCAGGAAAGCAGCAGUACAUCCUAGCAAAUGCUGACUAUUCCCCUGGCGGGAAGGUAAUCCUAGCAAAGCAAGAAGGCUCCCCCAACAAGGUCAUCCUUUCCAGUCCAGACGGCUGUGGGGUUAACCAGCUGUUGUUUACGUCACAUGACCUGGCUGGGCAGCAGAUUCAGUUUGUGACUGACGGUUCAGACCAGUCCAUUGUGAAGCCGGUUGUGGAGUACUGCGUUGUCUGUGGGGACAAGGCCUCAGGGCGUCAUUACGGAGCUGUCAGCUGUGAGGGUUGUAAGGGCUUCUUCAAACGCAGUAUUAGAAAGAACCUAGUGUACACGUGCCGAAGCUCCGGAGAGUGUGCCAUCAACAAGCUCCACCGAAACCGCUGCCAGUACUGUCGACUGCAGCGCUGCAUAUCUCUGGGCAUGAAACAGGAUUCUGUGCAGUGUGAGAGGAAGCCUGUUGAAGUGACCACAAGGGAGAGAUCUGUCAACUGUGCGGCCUCCACUGAGAAAAUCUACAUCCGCAAAAACCUAUGUAGUCCUCUGGCUGCCACACCCACUUUCAUGACUGACAAAGAAACUGCCAGGUCUACAAGUUUGCUUGAGUCAAGCAUGUUGCUCAACAUUCAACAACCCUUCCCCAAGAUGGAAAACAACACCUUGAUUCCAGCAUCCCCUGACAAGCAGGUUGACCCAUCUCAGAGUGACCUCGGCACGCUGGCGAAUGUAGUGACGUCACUCGCCCACCUCAGCAAAGCCAGGGAGGCCAGUGACGGCGGCACCGACCUGAUGGAAGAUGAAACGCUUAGCAACGGGGACAGCUCAAUGACAGACCUGCAAGGCGAUGAGCAAAGUGCAAGUGAUAUUACUCGAGCUUUUGACACCUUGGCCAAAGUCCUGCACUCUGGUGAUGGCCCAGCGGGAGAUUCCUUGGAGGCCACGAUGCAGCUGAUGUCGGGGGACCAGUCGGGUCCGAUAGUGGAGUUGGAGGGACCUAUACUCUCUGGGAGCCAUUUCCCCUUUAAGCUUAUGAUGCCUUUGCCUGUGCCAGAGUACCUCAAUGUCAACUACAUUUGUGAGUCAGCUUCCCGGCUACUUUUUCUCUCUAUGCACUGGGCACGCUCCAUUCCUGCUUUUCAGACCCUGGGUGGUCAAGACAAUGACAUUAACUUAAUGAAAGCCUGCUGGAAUGAAUUGUUCGCCCUGGGUCUGGCACAGUGCUCCAACGUCAUGAAUGUUGGUACCAUCCUAAGUGCCAUUAUCAACCAUCUGCAGACCAGCUUACAGGAAGAUAAGCUGUCCCCAGAUCGUGUAAAACUAGUAAUGGAGCACAUCUGGAGAAUGCAAGAGUUCUGUAACAACAUGAUCAAGCUGUCCCCAGACUCUUAUGAAUAUGCAUACCUGAAAGCCAUUGUUCUCUUCAGUCCUGAUCACCCAGGCAUCGAUAACACACCACAGAUCGAGCGUUUUCAGGAGAAGGCCUACAUGGAGCUGCAGGACUACGUAACCUCGUCCUACCCAGAGGACUCCUAUCGGUUAUCCAAGCUGUUGCUGCGUCUUCCUGCCCUCCGGCUGAUAAGUGCAGCUGUUACCGAGGAGCUGUUUUUCGCUGGGCUCAUCGGCAACGUGCAGAUCGACAGCAUCAUCCCGUACAUCCUCAAAAUGGAGUCCACUGACUAUAACAGCCAGGCCGUGUCUGGGGUGUGACGCGCCGUUCCAUUUACAAUUGCAACUUUGGACUGUUGAAACUCGCCAGCCAGCCAAUCAGAGUGCUCCGCAGAGUGAAACGUAAGUGGACACAACAUACCGUAGUGGGUACUCGGCCUCCUUCACUCGUUCCUCGCGCAUCGUUCUGACUCCUCAGUAGGGCACAACGCAAAAAGAGGACAAACAAAAAUCAACUCCAUGAGACAAGUGAGUCUGCCAGUAUCUCCCCAUUCAGGAAUGAACCCUUGAAACCUGCAUAGUAGAGUGCGCUUUUUUUAUUGUACAUAGUAUUUUAUGCUUCAACUUCUCCAGGCCUAUACUUGUUUUUUCUCAGAUUUUGUUUCCACUUUGAAGGAUUCAGGGUGAUUUUCACUGCUCUCCGGCAAGGUUGUGCUUUAUUUUUUUAUUUUGGAAUAAUUAUGAGAAGAAAUAUAAUGUGAAUUGAUUUGUGAGGUGUCUUUAUCGCAAAAGGUUAUAACCUUUUAUUUCUUAUUUGUUUGCUAAUCCAAAGGAUCAAGCAGCAUCGCUUGUCAAAUAUUUGACAGCUGAAUUAACUGUAUAUAGAUUUGUAUAUAGAGUGCACCGAGAAGUCUAAAAUGGGAAGCACUUGUUAAUUCCAUCGUUUGAACAAAUUAAUGUGGAUGGAAAAUGGUGUCAUUUGAAAAUAAAAAACAAACACCUUUCAACUGUGUUUCUUUAUUAUUGACAGAAUUGAGCUCUCUGCUUGACUGUUUUUUAAGUACAGAAUAGAUAGUUCUGAUCCUGAUAAAUGUCCUGUGUCUACUGUUCAUGUAAUGUUUGAAAAUGCGAGUGUAACUCAUCCGGCUCUCUUCUUGUUUUACCUGUUUUUGUGUAAUAUAAUUUGAGUGUGGAUCAAGAGAGAUGUCUUCUACAGGGGUGUUUUUUUUUUUACUCAUAAAAAAUGGCUGCAACAAUCAUUGAAUUACAAAAACCGUCUUUGGUGCCUGGGGAACUGUCUGUUAGGAACUAACACAGACAUCGGUGAAGUAUUCAAACUGUUAAAACAUUUAGUUGAAGAUUAUUCCCAGGUAGUUCCCCUUUCGAUCUUUGUAGUGAAAACUUGCUGUUUGUUCCAGACUCAACGAGGUUAAAUAAACCUGUUGGUAAACUCUGUAACCA